UUUUUUCACAUUCCAUCACACAAUGGUUUACCCAGAUACUUUCCAAGGCUACGCUAUCCACGACACCCAGAAGUGGUCCGAGGCCAAACUCAUCGACUUUGUUCCAAAGACCUUUGAAUCCCACGAUAUCGAUAUCGAAAUCCAGGCCUGUGGUGUCUGCGGUUCCGACGUCCACCAGACCGCCGAAGGGUGGGGCAAGAAUAAGGUAUCGCCGCUCGUUGUCGGGCAUGAAAUUAUUGGUAAGAUUGUCAGGGUUGGUGCUGAGGUCGACACCUCUAAGUUCAAGCUCGGUGACAGGGUCGGUGUCGGUGCGCAGGUCUGGGCCUGUCUCAAGUGUGACGUCUGCAAGUCCGGAAACGAGACCUACUGCCCACAAUGGGUUGACACGUACAAUGACAUCUACCCCAACGGCGAGUUCUCCCACGGCGGGUACGCCUCUCAUAUCAGAGUCCAUGAGUACUUUGUCUUCAGGAUCCCAGCUUCUCUUGACACCAACACCACCGCGCCAUUGUUGUGUGCCGGUAUCACUGUCUACUCCCCAAUGAAGCGUUUCGGUGUCGCCAAGGGCAAAAAGGUGGGCGUAGUCGGUAUCGGUGGCUUGGGCCAUGCCGCCAUCAUGUUAGGCAAGGCCAUGGGGGCCGAGGUCUACGCCUUCUCCAGAAACGACAAAAAGAAGGAAGACGCGCUUAAGUUGGGUGCUGACCACUACAUCACUACCGAGAAGGAAGGCUGGAAUGAAGCCUACAAGUACAAGUUGGACGUGGUUAUCUGUACUGCCGAUUCUGUCGAGGGCUUUGACUUGAACGCCUACUUGUCCACCUUAAACAUCAACGCCGUCUGGGUCAACGUUGGGUUGCCAGAUGACGACUACAAAGUCUCUCCGUUCUCCUUCAUCAAGAACGGGUGUCUUAUGGGCUCUACCCAUUUGGGUUCCCGCCACGAAAUGGAAGAGAUGUUGGAGCUUGCCGCUGCUCACAACGUCAAGUGUUGGGUUGAGGAGGUGCCAAUCUCCGAGGAGGGUGUCAAGCAAGGGUUGGAAAAGUGUAUGUUCAACCAUGUUAGAUACAGAACUACCUUAACCAACUACGACCAGGCUUUCAAGAGGUAAAGCUAGACUCUCUUGUGUAAAAUAUAUGAUUUCGGUAAGGUAAAAUGUGGCUUGGAUACUAAAGCAGCAUCAGCGAUAGCUACGAAGCGCGAGCUGAAAUCAAGGAACUAUUUUUUUGGUAUCCUAUUCUGAGUCAAAAUCUAUGCGAAAAUUCCCUUAGUAACCAUAACAAGGAUUCAACCUUAGUAGCUGUUGUUGCAUAUUAUGCGCUUGGGGGUGACUCGGUGUUGCAAUAUAGCUCAGCUUCAUCACCCUAGGGCUUUUUUCUCAGUGACUUUCAGUAACCCCUUUCCGUAAAGUAUCACCA